AUGACACUUGGUGAACGUCAUACGGUUCUUCCCCGAGAAAUUUUUGCUCCUAUUCACCAUCGCCCACCAAAGCAUCUUGAAACCGACCAAUCGGAUGACCCGCAGGCUAAUCCCAAAAAGGUGCUUGGCAGCCCAAACUCUUUCGCAUGGACGACCUCAGGUUUAUCAAAGCAGGACACUCUACAGAAAUCUAUGUCUCACUUGGAAAACUUCUUGGCAGUAGACCAAGGAGGGCGCGGAAUCUGCGCCCUGGAUAAUGUCCGUCGCCUCCAGCCUUGUGUGAUCAAGGAGAUCCAUAUAAGAAAGAGUCUCCGGAGCCUGAGGCCUGUUGAACACAAGAAUAUCGUGUCCCUUCGGGAGUACUGUGAAAUUGACAACAAGAGAUAUCUUGUUUAUGAAUACGAACACCUAGCGAUGUCGCUAGGUGUAGUGGCAAGCACAGUGCCAUUCUGUGAGGCUGACAUUGCCACUGUUUGCAGGGAGGUCCUUGAGGGACUACAAUAUAUACACUCAGAGCUGAAGACAUCCCAUGGAUCCAUCAAUGUGGAUAACCUACUACUCACUUGGGCUGGUGAAGUAAAAAUAGCAAAUAUUGGUGAAAGCAUGCUGCAGGAAACGGCGUUGGAAUAUCAACGUCGAGAUAUUGUGGCAGUCGGGUUAAUAGUACUUAACCUUUAUGACCGACGCAGUUCGUUAUCGAGGAAGUCCCCUGAAAGCUUCAGGGCCGAGUCGAACCUAUCUUCCUGUGCCCAGGAUUUCAUCGAAUGUACAGGAGAAUGUACGUCGCUGAGCUUCUUCAGUUCAUAG